GAGCGGUUUUACCCGCAGAAGUAUCAAAUGUAAAAGUGUCUGGGUCUGGAAACUUGUGAUGCUGGGUGGCGUCUCAUGAUGAGGCUACAAAUGCUGGCUCAGCAUGACAAGUUUCUGAGCUUCUAGGUGUUGCCUAUUCUGCAUGACAUACUGCGUUUCUGCAUGACAGAAAAAUGGGUCUCUUGGGUACUGUGCAUGACAGAUUUAGGAGUCAUGCGAAACAAGCAUGACAAACGUGCAUUCUUCCAGACCCAGACAUUUUUACAUUUGAUAAGAAGGCCCAUCUGGCGAAAAUCUCCGCCCUGCUGAAGGAAAUGAACAUCAACUACCGCGCUCCCGACGGCGCGACGCCGGUUUUUUCCGCGUUGCGGUCCUUGAUCAACCUGGGUUCCGGGAAUUUUUUCAUCCCCCGAGACUUCGGGAUCACGGGUGAAAUCGGGUUGGAGGGCAUCGUAUGAAAUGCAAAUAUGUCUAGGUCUGGAAGAUUCUAAACUUGUGAUGCUGUCUCUGGAUUCUAAAAAAAUCUGUAUUGCAUGAGCAGCAAGAGAACUCCAGUUUGGCCUACGCGGAGGGGACAUUUCUCAUGCGGUAGAGGCAUCGCAAAGCCCUCCAAAAAUCUGUGAUGCUAGAGCAUGCAUCACAGACAUCAUGGGUCAUGCAAAAUAUGCAUGACAAGCCUGGCAAUCUUCCAGCCCCAGACAUAUUUGCAAUGCAUACAUCGUGAAGUUGGUCCUAUCCAACGCGGUCUGGACUCUGGCGCAGAACCGGCACCCGCCGGCGAAGAAGGUAUCCUGUGCAAAAGUAUCGUACUCGUAGUAAGUAAUUGCUAUCGUGCAUGACAAAUAUCCCCUUUUAGGUGAAAUAGCAUUUACAAAUUUCAUUUUAUUUCUUCUUGAAAAAAUUUGUGAUGCAAUUUCUACUAGUGCGAUACUUUUGCAAUGCAUAGAAGGAAGGGAAGUGCAACGAUUUUCUCGCGACUCUGGACCAAAACGAGAAAACGAUCGGGAAGUGCUACGUCUCCGACCUGCACGCCCUGCUGGAGCACGAGUUGCCGCAGAUUUGGGACACGGCACGGAAAAAAAUUCUUGACUACUAUUCGGAAGGGAGGAGAUUCAUGACCACGACGACAAAAACUUCUAGAAGAGAUGUUGGUAACGUCGAAAACUUUUACAACAGCAGCACAAAAUGCAGUAAGAGCAGUUCGCCGGAGCAGCAAACAACCGAGGCUGACUGGAUGAUGGACAAAAGCAUUUUACUGGUCGACCACACGUCGACGCCAAUGGACAUCGAUAUAGAAGCGGCUGGAGGUUCUUCUAGUUCUACAUUAUUGAAAAGCGGCUCGCACAAC